AUCUCCCUGGCUAGUCGCGUCGCAGGCUUUGGCAGUACUCGCAUUCGACUCAUCUCUUCUCUCUGUCAGUACACGACAUGCCUACUACACCACCUCAUCAACCUCUUCCUGCGCGUCCUUCCCAGUGCCCUCCUUCCGCAACACGAACCUCUGGUACAUGUCUGCUAGUCUUCUUUUACGCUUGCUUCAUCUCCCUCCUCCUCGCACACGCCCCUUUCCCCCGACUACCCGUCGUCUGCAUUUCCCUCGCUCCUUCCACGUCGAUUCUUCCUCCCGCCCUUCCCUGCCUUCAAGUUCGUCCCUUGCCCUUGCAAUCUCCCACUCUCCCCGCUCUGGUAUUCUCCCUCCCCCUGACCCUUCAUCGGAUAUGGUGUAACGGCCAACAUUGCCGCCUCUCAUAGUCCCAUAUUGCAGUGCGCGGCAGCUCGGGGUUCGAUUCCCCGUAUCCGAAUUCAAGUGGUGUGUUCGGUGUUUCUUUUU